GGCGGCUAUGGCGGGACAGCGAGGCGGGGAGCCGACGAAUUAUAUCGCGCGCCUCUCGGAAUGGGCGGACGCGCAUCUCACUUUCGUCCGGAACAUCAGCACUGGAAUGGCAAUAGUUGGAGUGAUUUUACUUGCAAAAAGUGUUAAACUGACAACUAAAUUCACGAAUGCUUUAGAAAUACCACUAGAGUUUAUACAGAAGAAUGUUAAGCUACGGGGACGAUUACGCCGAAUAACGGAGCAUGGAUUAGAAAUUGAACACGUUCCCAUUACCCUUCCAAUCGUUUCAUCUUUGCAGAGGAGAUGGCAUUCAGAUGGUCUGUUGCUGAUCAGGCUGGCUGGUGUGGAGCUAACCCCAGAUGGCACAGUCUGGUUAAAAGAAGAGGUACAACCCGCACAAAUGGUGUGGUUCCAACUUCUGGGAAGGAAGGAUUCAGUGCUUGAUUGCCUUGUGGUAGUAAAUAAGGGUAGAUUUUCCAGCAUCUGUCUGAAUGAAGAGAUACUAAGACAUGGGCUUGGCAAGACAAUUUGUAUUGAAGGACUAGCUCAUGAAUCCCAGCUAUACUGGAAGCUUCACAGGAGGCUACUUCAGGCUGAAUUGAAAGCUGUGAAGAAAAGGAAAGGAAUCUGGAAAGAAGAAACAUUAGUUGAGAAGCUUAACGAGCAUAUAAGCAAGAAUAAAUAUAUGCAGAAGUUAAAACAAUUUGCAACCUGGCUAAGAAUGCGCCUCUGAAAGCAUAAAUGGGAGGUGGAGGAAUGACGCACACCAGAUGGACAAAGGAUAGAAAACUGUAUUUUCCUUCUGUCAGAAUAUUAUAAUGAAUGCCUCGCCUUCUGUUGGUGUCUCCUGACAUAAGGGAAGAAAAUGAAAACAUCACAGGAAAUAUUUCUCAGGGAGAUAGGUGCAUAUAGCAUAUUGAGAUGAUAGUGUAAUUUAAAAUAUAAGCUUCUUUAAAAUGAAGAGGUUGGUCUAGGCCACAUAAUUGUGUCCAGCAAGAGAAGAAAACCUAAGGCUUGUUGAACCGAGGGAAAAGUGAGAAUGGUGGUGAUAAAUUGCUUAGAGCAUGGCUGUGGCUGCUGAUUUAUAGGAGUCAAAUUCUUUGCACCUAGAUUAGACAGCUGAGAGAGAGUGAGAGCAGAGAACCCUCUCUCCUUAUAAGUGGGUGAAACUUAGGCUCAGUUCAUGUAAGCAUUCAUCAGGCACAGGUUUUCAGCUAGUGUUGAAUUUUGACCCCUUCUGCCUGUAACAAUGUGGUAAUGUACACACACUGCCACCAGGUGCUGAAUUGAGCUCAGAUUGGUAAAAGCGUUUCUAGUUAGGUUUAGUGCGUGGCACAUGGACAUAACAGACUUGCCAUAGUAGGCUAUUGCCGCUUGAAAUUGGCACUGGCUGGCUGAGAUCCAUGGCUACCACCAACCAAACGUGUUGUGUGAGUUCACCCCGCAGACAUCAUGGGCUUUGUGCUCUCUGUCCUAGGGAUAUUAUACAUUUUAUCCAUUGUCCCAUACGCAAAAGGUGUAAACGAAACGUCAAAGCACAGCACUUGCAGUUCCUCCUUCCUUGUCCCUGGCACUGUACCAGUACUACUAUUCUAGAAUAUGUGGAAGAGAUGCCAACCCAUGUGUGUACACAUAGUUAGCUUUGGUUUAUUUUGAGGCCUGUUUCUAAUACAGCUCACUGAGUGGAUACUGCACCAUUUUGUAAGCUUUCUGUGGGUUGGGGCUGUAUGGCUGAAAUCCAUUGAACUGUGUGGGGUAAUAACUUCAAGAAGACAAUUUGAAAUCCCCCUUUUGAGCAUAGAAAGCACCCGUCCAAAUAGCUGCUGCUUCUGUGAAUUAAGCCUCUUCAAUUUUGCAGGGACUAGAUAGGUUCAAGAGCAAAUGGAUCUGCUUAUAUUGUUUAUAGACUACUUAUAUAGUUGCAGUUCUAACAGCGCAAUCCUAUGCAAGUCUACACAAAAGUAAAUUCCAUUGAAUUCAAUGAGGCUGUUUUCCAUGUCAGUGCUUAUGGGAUUGCAACCUAAGUGCACUGAUGUAGAAACAAGUUUCUUUAAUAUUAAGGCAUCCAAAACAAUGUUUGCUGGAUUGGGAUAUAAGAUUAUUGCUGUGUAACCUUCAUUGUGUACUCCUGCCAAGAUUAAUAGCCCUGAUCAUAAGCUCUGAGCACAUGACUGUAUUUACUUUGGUGGAACAUUAUGUAUUUCUGUUUGUUCUGAACCAUUUAUUUAUAUGCUUAACUACAGUUUGGAAACCUGAUGAUUUAAUAAUCUUGCCUAUAAAUCUAGAAAAUAGUAAUCAAAACAGAGAAUUAAAUAACCUAGUAUUUCUUGUGCUAUUCUGUGCUGUCUUUGCAAAUCUGUCCAAUACAAAAGAAUAUAUAUCCCCCAAAGAUUAGCGUAUUUAUUUACUAGAUUUUCAAUUGAUAACUUGAACAGUAAAAUGUUUUUUCUCUUGUAAAGUCACUAAUUUCCUGUGUAACUUGACUACAUUGCUAUUAUAUAAAGCUAACAGCAUCUAAUAUGUACGUGCAUCUAAUACGCAUGUUGCUGGCUGUGGCAGAUGGACCUCUGGGCAUGCAAGAAGUGUGUGAGUGCCAACAAUGGAAUACCUGUCCUUGUGAGCCUGCAUCUCAGGAUUGUAGCUUAUGUCUUGCUGAGGGGAUAAAUUGCCUGCUAGUACCUCAUGUUGUCUAAUCCUGUAAUUUUUGUUUAUAACUCAUAUUAAUUAGAAUUGUAUACAUGGGUAUAUUGACAGAAUAGUGUAGAAAAAGGUGAGGAAUUGAGCUGGAUUCCUUGUCAUUAAACUGGCAAGAGGGGCCUGGGCAAGGGGAGUUGUUAAUGGCACAGAACAGUUGCAAUGGCCUCCUUGCCAGCUCUUGGCUCGGCCAAAAUGUCUGUUUAGUUUU